CCUUGGUUUAUAUCAGAGAGCCCAAUGGAGCCUUCUGAAGAAACUGUACAGAUUAACAAGGAUAACUUUUUAGAAGUUCCCAGUUUAUCUGAUUCCCUUUCUGAAGAUGAAGAAAUUAAAGAAACCUUCAAUUUGCGCUUCUCCCCUCUCCCAAGACGACGAGGCUCUGAUUCUUUUGAAUCAGAUUAUCCAUACCUGGAUACUCCUUCUUCAGGUUCACGAAGAGUUUCAUUUGCUGAUGCCUUUGGAUUCAAUCUUGUAUCUGUUAAAGAAUUUGACAAUUGGGAGUUACCGGGAGUAUCAACACAUUUUGACUUAAGGGAUGAUAUUUUCCACACAGAGGAAUAUAUUUUAUCUCCACUGUUUGAUUUGCCUUCCUCAAGAGAAGUGCUGAUGCAGGAGCUACAGGUUCAGAAGGCAAUCCUGGAGUCCACAGAGUUCCUAACUGGGCCUACAACUAUGAAGGGCACUAUCCGAGUUUUGAAUGUUUCUUUUGAGAAGGUAGUAUAUGUUAGAAUGUCCUUAGAUAACUGGCAGACACAUUAUGACAUUUUAGCCGAGUAUGUUCCUAAUUCUUGUGAUGGUGAAACUGAUCAAUUCUCCUUUAAGAUUUCAUUGGUUCCUCCUUAUCAAAAAGAUGGAGCUAGGAUUGAAUUUUGUAUACGCUAUGAAACUUCUGUUGGCACAUUUUGGUCAAACAAUAAUGGCGGAAACUAUACAUUGGUCUGUCAAAAGAAGGAAAGGGAGGAAAAGCCUGAAAAAUCACGGGAAGUAAUAACUAACAGACAGCUAAAAGGCUGCUUAAAGGUAAAAUCAAGCAGCAAAGAGGAAUCAGAAAUAUUAGAGGAGAAUAAUUGUAAUAAUUCAAGGACUACAGAUACCUCUCUCCCAACAAUCAUUUGUUCUCAUGAGGAUAAGGAAGACAUGGAAGCCAGUAGUCAAAAUGUAAAAGAUGUAAACAAGGAAUAUGAUGAAUACAGCAAAAAAGAAUUAGAGCUUAUGCUAAAUCAGUACUCAGUAAGAACUAGAAGUCCUUCUACCAAAGAUGAAAGUUCAUUUACAACAGAGUCAGUUAAUUUUUCAAAUACAGCUGAAGAAUUUGAGAAUCAGCAAACCCUCGGUGAGAUAAGCAGAGACUUGCUCAGGAGGCCUUUGUCUCCCAGUUCAUCAACAGAAAAUCCUUUAAGGGGAGAAUUAUACAGCAACCCAAAGUGUUCCUUGAAAAAUGAAAUUAGUCACCAACCAGCAGAGGAACUUCCUUCAGGUCUAGCAAAUAGCAGCAAACCAUCAUUGAAGUACACUGAGAGUGGUGAGACUUCUCCAUCACUUGGGAGUCUCCUUAUAAGGCGACAGGAUAAACAUUCUUCUUUUCUAGAUGAAUCAGAAAAUCAAGGAAUAAAAUGGGCGGAUAAUUCAAAAAGUAAAAGUGAGGGUACAAUGGGAAGUGAGAUGGCGGAGAGACCAUUUACCAGCCAGGGGAAUGCUCAUACCUACAAAAAGUCCCAUGAAUUGACAGUGGAAACAGUUUCUUCACAGGAUGACAAAUUAGUGCCAUUAGGUCCAGGAGGCAUGGAAGUACUGGAUGAUAAUGCCAAUCCAGCUGAAGAGGGUCACAAAUUGCAAACAUCUAGUCCAACUGCAUAUUUGCCUUUGGCAGGCAAUGCUGAUCAAGGCAAAGGAGAAAGAACUAAGAUGAUUGAAGCCAAAGAUUGGGAAUGUCCAACAAGAGAGUCUCUUGCUUAUAUACCUGCCCGUAUGAAUGCUUCCAAAGAAUGUCCUGUUACAGAAAAGAGAGCUUCUAGAAAAGGGCGUGGGAACAUUAAAGAAAAGGAGGAACAAAGAAUCAAAUUUGGCAUUAAUGAAAGGCAAAAUGAAAAUGUGUCUACCUCAACAGACCAUCAAGAGAGAAGAGGGCAUCCUGAAACUGGUGUUAACAUGAGUCAAGCUAGUAAUAAUUCCUUUCAUGACUCUCAGAGCAAAGGAAAUGAGAUCUCUGCUAGCUCCUGUGACUUGGCACCCAGAGUUGCUAGAUCAAAUUCUCUCAGAACUGAUUUAGCUAGCCCCAAAGAUGGGUUUACAGCCCAAAGGAGUGAUCUAGUGAAUUCAGAAGGCACCACUCCAGAAAGAAUGCAUGGCCAAGUUUGCUCACCAGAAAAUGGAAAUGUCUUGCAAACUGAUCAGUAUCUUCCCCGGGUUCAAAGAGAGAAAUCAGAUAGGAAUAUUUCUGACGAUCGGAAUAAGAUUGCAUGUGGAAAUCAAAGUUGGAACAUUCUGGAAAGUCAGGUAGUUUUAAAAGAGAGUAAGACAAAUAGAACAGAACAGAUCAAGGAACAAGCAGAUGGUGAAGACAAGUGGGAAAUAAGAGAUAAUACAAGGAACCUGAAUGUUACUCCUACAGAAGAAUUGUUUACCUGCCAAGAAACAGUGAGAUGUGAACUGUCUUCUGUAGCUGAUCAUGGUAUUACCGAGAAAGCAGAAGCAGGUACAGCUUAUAUAAUUAAGACAACAUCAGAAAGUACUCUAGAAAGCAUGUCUGCUAGAGAAAAAGCAAUAAUUGCUAAGCUACCUCAAGAGACUUCUCUAAGUGACAGGCCCACUGAGGAAAGGGAAACAGCGUUUGAUCCACAUGAAGGGAGAAAUGAUGAUUCACAUUAUACCCUUUGUCAUCGGGAUUCAGUGGAUGUAAUCUAUGACAUUGACUUUGAAAAGAAAUCACAUUUAGGUAUUUAUAAUGUACACAUAGAUGAAACACGAAAGGAAGAAACUAUGUCUCAGUGCAAUCCAGGGGAAAUACUUGACAGGGCAGAGCAUGGCAUUAGAAAUAUUGCAAUUGUAGGAGAAUCUAGGCAGGUCACUCCUGAGAAUGGAAAAGCAAGCUCAGAACCGGAUUUCUAUUCAGCACAGUUAGCUACUGUUCCAAAAAUUUUAAAGAAAAAUAUAUAUCAUUCAGAGGCCCAAAGUCUCCCUCAGAAGAAUGCUGAUUUGGUUGCUCUUGCUCAUCAAAGCUUCAAUUCUGAAAGAAGCAUAUGUCCUCAAAAUGGCACUUCUGUUUCCAUUUGUCCUAAUAAAACUCAAUACAAUGAGGAAGCAUUUACUACAGAUUAUCCAGUGACUACCAUGUCAAUCAACUCCAUUUCUACUACAUCAGAGUUCAAAUAUGACCCCUACAGUGAAGUCCAGUAUAGUAAGAAAAACCAAUAUCCUGGGCCUGUACCUCAAGAAUAUAGCAAGAGUUCAAGCAUAUUGACUUCCAGUGAUGGGAGAGAAAGGUUCCCAGAUGAAAGUUCCCAACGGGCAGAAAAUAACAUGGAGAAGUCUUUAGGGCCAAUGAUUUUAAUCAGUGAGCCUGUUGAGGAGAUAGAAGAAACAAGUGGUGAAACUGCUGAAUUAAUAAGCUAUGGACAAGAAUUAGCCUCCCCGGGUUCCAAGCCAGGUAACAGGUCUGACUCCUCCAAUCUCCCUGUCCAGGACAAUCAAACUCUGGCCAGUGAGUCAAAAUACAGCUCUAAAAUAUCCUAUUUCCUCUUGUUCAUUCUGUUUCUCCUAACAACCUACUAUUUUGACUUAAUGAUUGGCUUGGUCUUCUACCUUUUUUCUUUGUACUGGCUAUCUUGGGAAGGAGGGCGACCUCAAGAACCUGUCAAAAAGAAGUAACCACACAGAUUUUAUUAUUCACUUAAAAUUUAAGCUAUUAUGCCCCAAACAUUUUGAUUGUUAAAAGGGAAUAUUCAUCGUUCAAAGAACCAGCACAGUUUUUCUCUUGAAGGAUUGGUUUAAAAAGGGAUGCAUAUGAAGUUCACUCCUUCAUAUAAGUAAUUAUUCUAUAUAGGACCAUUAUGUUUGGAUCAUUAAAUACCUAUAUGAAUAUGAGAUCUGAAGCACGUCAAGUUAAAAUUAGGUGCAGCUGUUGCUCCUUAGCAGGCUAUGAAGAUGCAAUGCUUCAUGUCUCCUCACUACUUAAAAGUGCCAUUUUCUUCCAUUCAUUUCUUUUACAAUAAAGCUUCAACCCUCUCCCCAUCAAGGCUUUACAAAAUAAUUUUAAAAAUAUUUAAAACAAAGCCAAUCGUAGGAGGACUUUUAAAAUCCCCCAGUACUGGCCAUACAAUUUUUGUAUUUCCCACAUGUGUUGCUAUUAUUUCCUAGAAAUUAUUUGCUGGGAGAGCAAAUAGGUCUUUUCAUUUCCAUUUCAUUGUUUAAAGACAUUAUCUGCAUAUUGGGAAACAGAGCUUAAGAACCAUAAAUACAAGUUUGUACAUGUCAAAUUUUGGCAAAAUAAAAGUAGGUACUUCCAUACCACAAAGGUAAUAAAGAUUGAAAUAAUGGAUAGCUUAAAACUCAAUUCCACAAAACUUUUUUGGGUGAGUGUUUUUCCUUUUUUUUUUUUUUUUUUUUUUUUAGUAUUGUAAAGUAGAUUGUAGCACAACUGAAUAAUUUCAUUGACAAGAUUCUAUUUGAGAUAAAAAAAUUUGAAUUCAUUUUUUCAAAAGCAUUACUUUGGAAAGCAUUUGUACCUAUGAAGCAUAAAGCAUUAAAUAAUAAUUUUUUAAAAAGAACUUCUGAUACUUGGUACAUUUAGAUGUGAUUUCUUUUUCUUUAAACAAAAAAAGGUAAAAGCAAGAUUUUAAUUCAUUUUCAUUUUAAACAUUAAAAAUAAGCAAACCAACACUUUUCUACACACAAAAACCCAACAAUUAAACACUAGUUACAUUCAUAACUUCUAAUUUAUUAGCUUGCUAAGGUGGAUAAAACAUUUUAAAGUUGAUAAUAAUCAGUUGUAAGAACAUACUCAAUAGGAAAUAGAAGUUUUUCUGAUAUAGAGGUAACUGGCAACAUCUAUUAUUAUAUAUAGUUAAUUUUAUAGAGUAGUGGGAAUUGAUCAUUUUAUCAAGUGGAAAUAUCAUUAAAAUUUUGAUGGUAUAUUUUACUUUGGACACCCUUUGGAGUCUCUCCCAAAUGGUGAACUUAGUGAAUGUUUGAAUUUAUUUAGUUACUUCUAGAGACCAUGAAAGAGACUUCAUAUCAGUUAUUCUUUCUGUUGCACUUUUUUCAUCUCUUUAUUUCAGAGAUUCAUCCUCAGAGAUAAUAGCAACAUACCUCAUCUCAUGAAAAUGAUAAACCAAAAAUCAAAAGUUGUACAUAAAGCUAUAUAUAUCUAAGAACUAUUUCUUAAACUUCAUUUUAUAUAUCAUAAUAAAAACUCUGGAUGCAUUGUAUAAAGAGAAAAUUAUGAUAAAUUUAGUUUUAGCUAAUUCUCAUGCAAAAGGAGAAUGUAUUUUUCUCUCUUCAUAUUAGAUAAUUUCAGCUACCUUACUUGUUCCAGAUUAUAUGAUUCCAUGCAUAUCAAAUGCCAUUCAGACUAGAUGACUGACAUUAGCUUUUUAGACUAACAUAUAUAAACACUCUGAGAUAGAACUUGGGGCAAAUAUUUGAUUGUUUGAGCUAGUAUAUUUUCAUUAAAAUACAAGUGGAAUACUGUAGGCAAUAUCUAGAAUAUUAUCUCUAAAACUGUUGGGUUGAUAAUUUUGUUGACAGGUUUAUACAAAGUUUGGAGAAACACUGUAGUUAAUAAUAGCAUUUCUUCAGGUCUUAAUGGUAUGAUUUUUGCAUUCUACCUUUAAGGGUUUUAGUGAAUAUGUCAUAUCUUAUUAUUGCAAAACAAAAUACUAUAUUGCUUUAUUGAACAUAGGUGCCUGGACUACAAUUAUGCAUUUAAAAGAACAAACUUUACUGCCUAUAUUUGAUUUUUGAUAACAUUUACUUUCAAAACUAUCUCAAAAUUUAUUUGUAGUGUGAUAUUAGCAACCUCCUUAGGAUGGAAAAAUAUUCAGUUGUAUAUUUAUCGUGCAGUGAAAAAAUUGGUACCAGGUUUAGGCACUGACUUUCCUAUUGUUUCUUAUGGAGCAAUUUUCAUAUAAAGAAUGAAAUAAAGUGAUAAUCCCUUGGGGAAAUCUUGAUAGGUAGGUAGAAAGAUAGAUUUAGGCAAGUCUGUUUUGGUCGCACCACUAUAUUGAAUAGGAAAAAUGGCAUGCAGCGAAUACUAGCAAUCUUCACUUAUCCAAGAUCUAUCCCUGAAUUAACAUGGCAGGUGUAAUCUUUACAAGUAUCAUUGCCAUCAAUAUCCAUCCAUAUGCAUUUGUUGAGUAUUCAAAGGGUUUGUGGCAUUGUAGUAAGCAAAGUAAAGUGAAUCACAUGUCUACUGCCUGAAUUGUAUAAGUAAUAUGAAUUGUUAAACCUUCAUAUUCUAUCUUGCCCAGUCUGCUGGCUAUAAGUAAGAAAGAAAAUUCUAAAAAUUAACUAGCAGAAUGAGCUAUGCCACUAGUAAAAAUAAUUGGUUUAAAAAUUCAAAUUUGUAUAAGACAUCCCAAUCCUUUUCAGUAGACUCCUUUUGUUAAAAAAAAAAAAAAAAAAAAAAAAAAAAAAAAAAAAAAAAAAAAAAAGUAAGUCCAUAGAAUUGUUCCCAUCUAUCAGAAUUCCAAUAGCACAGAGAAAGGACAAUCUCAUCUCCUAGUUUGGAACUUUUAAGAAAUCUCAGGAAUGCAUAAGAAGGCAUCCCUCUUUUCUGAGAGAAUACCAUGACCUCACUUGAACAACUUCGCUCUCAAAGAGACAGGUAGAUUGUUCUACAAAUUCUUUUUCUUCUUCUUGAACAAAUCAAGACCCAUGUUGGCAAAUCCAUCACUGUAAUCUUGUUGAAUAUUGUUACCUCCUUUUCAGUUAUCAGGCUGACUGACUAGGUCAUAGUCUUCACUCUUAAAGAAAAACAAAAAUGACUGGAACCAAGAGUCAACUAUUACCUCAAGGACCAACCCAUUCAAGUAUUUUGUAUAGUGCUUUAUUAUUUCAUUAAAUGCUUUACUACAGAUCAAUAUGGUAAAUUAAAUCUAAUGCAACAUGGGUUUUCCUGAUUAUAGGAGUCUGUCUCCUAUAUAAUUAUUUGUGAUAUCAACCAUUCUGGACACUGACUUGGUGAAUUAAAGGAAUUCUGUGUCUCAUAUUUAAAGACUGAGUGUAAGAUCUUGGUGCUUCUUUUUACAUAUGGAUCAUAUAAGAUAUAAGUGGAUGGGAUUAGUGCUCUCUACCUUCAGGGGAUGGACAUCUGCUAAGGCUAAUAUGAAUGUAUUUAUAGACAGGGUUUUCUUAAUUGUUAUUGUUUUUAAUGUCAUCCUGUUCUGUUACUAUGAGACCAUAUUCUAGUUUUUCCCUAUGAUUCUAAAAGGAGAUAUUGACCUACUAUUACUACAACCUCUCCAGCAUGAGAAGAACAAAUUUAAAAAGUCAUUUUAGGUGGAGUGGUAGAGUAGAUAGAGGGCCAAAUUUGGAAUCAGGAAAACUGGAUUCAAGUCAUGCCUCUAAAACAUAUUCUCUGUGUGACUAUUGGACAAGUAAUUUAAAAUUUCAGGUCUUCAGGAAGCUUCUUAAUUCUAAAAGUUACUGAGAAAGUUACAGAUAUCCAGCAUUGACAUAAUGAAUAGCCACACCAGGAGAUUCCUAACUGAAGAAAUCAUAAGCCAUUUCCCUAAUGAAUUAUUAAUAUGUACCAGGAGGACACAUUCUCUUUAUCUAUUUAAUAUUGGCUUGAUUGAAAAUCUACCAUUUCCCCAUGACUAUCCUGAAACUCCUUCCUAUUAGUUUAUGGUUUUAUUUUUGGGGGAGAUAAAUGCUUUUAAGUGUCAUAAGAUAGGCAAUUAUUGAAACUGUUAAAAAUCUUAAAAGGCCCAUCAUCCUAAGUUCAGCAUUUUGCUUGAAUGCUUCAUUUCAUUUUUUCAAAAUAGAAAAAAUAAAAUAUAUGACAUUUCAACAAUGAAAAAUUCUCAUGCUUCUUUCAAUGCAUUCACCUCUGAUUGCCAUAUUCAUGGAAGGAAUUAGUGACAUGGAUAAUCCUUAAGUGUAGACAAUUUUUAAAAAAUUUAUAUUUGACUUUGGUGUCCAUGAUCUAAUUGGUUUUGACCAUCAAUUUAGACUUCUGAUGGUGUUUAAUUAGGCUAUUGUUUAAAUGAAUUUGCCAUUUACAAUCUUGCUCAGCUACGCUUCCUGAAGUUGUACUCCUCUGCUCCUUAAUUCAAACCCUGUAGCAAAAGUAGACUAACAUCUCCUUGUUUCCAGAAUAACCCAUGUUUAUUUCUUCCUUAGUUCUCUUUUUCAUGCUGUCUCCUUUAUCUGAAACCUUCUUAUCCUUUUUCUAUCUAAAUUUUAGUCAUUUUUCAAUGUCAUUUUCAAUUACACCUCUCCAAUUACACAAUUAUAAAACCUUUCUUAACAGUACUCUAACCCACAUUGAUUUUUCCUUUCCAUGAAAUCCUAUAGUAGUUGAUGUUCAAAAUAAUUAUUUGGAAACAAUUAUAUACUCUUUGUAAAGUUAUUGUUUAUGUCAUCUUAUUUUCCAUAGUAAACUGGAAAUUCCUAAAGAACUUCCAAAGGAGGCAAAGUAUUGGGUACAUAUGUAGCAGGUGCUCAAUAAAAUAUUUGUUAAAACUAAUUAGCAGGAAUAUUUUUGAUAAUGUGAAUAAUAGUUUAGAAUCCCAAUAAAUGAAGGGCUCAAAAGUGGAACAAUCUUUGAUAGCCAAUGAUCAGAGGAGAACGCCUCUUGAAGAAAAGAAAUCUUGUAGAUGUGAGGGGAUAAUGCUUUGGGAAGUUUAAUUUAUUUUUAAAUUAUUGUAUAAAUUCACCCAAAAUCAUUAAAUUAUUUUAGGAAAAUAUUGUUUAAAAGAUAGAAAGAGAGAGAUAUAGAUAUAGAUAUUGGAACUAGACCUGUAAUUUAAUUUGAAAAUGAACUCCCACAGUGAAGAAACGUCCUCUACCAAUACAGAUUCAUUUCUUCACAACAAUUUGCAACUUUAGUUGGCUGCCUGGAGCCCUAAAAAGUUAGUGACUUGUCCAGAGUCACAUAGCCAAUAUGAAUCAGCGGUAGGAGUUGAAUGGUGUUUUCAUGGCUUCCAGGAUAUCUCCCUAUGCUCUAUUCUCCUUUCCCCCUCUUUUCUUCAAUUUUUUAGGAGGAAAGUGACCAAAAUAAAAGUGAAAAGAUAAUUGGGAUAUACAAAUAAAAAUGCCAUGGGCUACUGGGUGUGGGGAAAAGGGAAAUGCUUCGUUCCUUCUGUUCCUCUUAAAUAUUAAGCAGCUUUUCUUUCUCUUCAACAUUCCCAAAGCAGCCACAUCCUCUUCAUAUGCUACAACAUACAGAUUGCAAAUUAGAAGAAUAAUUCCUUAAUUUAGUAGUUAAUGUGGAAGUUGAUGGUACAAGAAAAUGUUUUUUAGACGAAGUAGCUCAUUAGUUUUAAAAGCACCAACCAUCACAAGGUUUAAAGUGCAAGAAAUUCAAUCCUAGCAACUGCUGUUAUGACCUUUGAGACUGGCUGAUCUGGUCAAUUUUACACCUGUGCUGUAUGUCAACUUUUAAGGCAAGCAAAUAGAGCCACAAACAAGGGAAGUGAACUGGAUUUCUUCUGCACUGAUUAUCACAUUUGUCCACUUUGACCAGAAAUUGUUAAAUAAAUACAUCCUAAAUGAUAUGACUAAUGCCGAUUAAGUAAUUAAAAAGACAACUGAUUAAUGAAAAUAUGAAGUAUAUUCAAAGCUGUGCUUAAUGUGUAAAAGAUAUUUUAGUUUUAAUAGCCUUACUCUAACAGGUUUUGAAUUUUAUCUUCUCUGUAACUAUUUAAUCUGUGAUGUUUCAAAAGUAUUAAAUAUCUAUCUAUUAAUAAAAUUAGUCUUUAUUCCCACCUGAUUCUACAAAAAUUGAAAUGAUUUCUUUUUAUACCUAUCUUUAAAGCAACUUUCAAGUAGAAAUGUUCAACGACAAGAAAUGUAAUGAGUUUCAGAAAAUGUCAAGGGUAUCUGACACUGGUCUCUUAUUGUUGUAACACAUGUCUUUUUCACCAUGAUAUUCAUUACUAUGACACAUUGGUUAAUAUGGUUCUGGGUGGAAAUAAAUUUAAAUUUUCCUCAAGAUACACUUUAUAAGAUACAGAAAGAGACAUCUGCUGAGGAAAAGGAAGGAGAUGGGUUUAUUUAUGAUGCUACACAACCCCUUCCCUUUUUCAAUUAGUUAACCAAUGUAUAUAGUUAUUAAAUACUUACUACAUGCUAGUCACUGUACUGAAGAUACAAAGAAAGGCCAAAAUCUUUCCCUCAAGGACCUUUGGGGGAUUCUAAUGGGGGAGACAUCGUGGAUAUAACUAUAUGUAUACAAGAGAUAUAGAAAGUCGAUGGAAGGCAAUCUCUAAAUAAAGGCAUUUUUUUCCUUCA